AUGACUAUAUCUCAUUAUGAUAAUCAUGCUACUAAGGCUAGUACUACCGGGCGAAGUAUAUCGAUGUUCGCCAUUAGUAGUAGACAUCCCUUAAAUGUGAAACCCGAAGGAAACUCCUACUUAUCCACUGGAGAUGACUAUGAUACAACAAAAUUUUUGCCCAGACAUGUUCAAAUGGGGGCAUUUGGCCUGUUCCCUGAUGAGUUGAUUAUGUAUUUGGUUUCAUUCAUUGACGAUAUAGAGUCAAUGAAGAACUUGUCCCACACAUCAAGAAUAAUGUAUGCAUAUAUGUAUGACGAAGAGAUGUGGAAAAAAAUAUACGUUAAGCAAGUUACCGAUGGUUUCAGAUGUAACACGGAUAAUGGGUUUGAGGAUUGGAAAGGGUCCUGGAGAAGUACGUUGCUUAACAUUAAAGAUACAGACCAAGCCAAUUUGCAGCUUCCUGGUAAUAUCCUAUGUUCGGAUGUGUUAUAUAGGCCGUACCAGUGUUCGCAAGUCGAUUACGAGAAGCUCUUCCAAAAGAUUAUAAAGGAAGAAGAGAUAUAUUGGAACCGGAUUAAUGAAACUAAUGACGAUUUGCAAACAGAAUUAAAAAGUUUGCCUAAUGGUAGAAUCCUAAGAAUAUCAGAGAGUUUAUUGAGCAUGAGUGAUUUUAACGAAAACUUUCAUGACAAGCCAUUUAUUCUAACCAACCCUAACAAAGAUAGAUGGCCACACUGGAGUUUGGAGGAUUUAGUGGAAAGAUUCCCUGAUGUCGUUUUCAGACAAGAGGCAGUGCAAUGGCCAUUAUCAUUGUACUCCAAAUAUCUUGCUAACAACAAGGAUGAAUCUCCAUUAUAUUUAUUUGAUUGUAGUAGUGUUGCUAUGAAGACGUUGAGAACGGAAUACACUGUACCAGAAAUCUUUCAAUAUGACCUAUUUACAGUAUUUGAAAACCAGGAGAUCAAUUGCCGUCCAGACCACGCUUGGUUGAUUAUUGGACCUAAGCGUUCUGGGUCAACUUUCCAUAAAGACCCCAACUACACAAGUGCAUGGAACACCGCUAUCUGUGGUCGAAAGUUAUGGAUCAUGUUGCCUCCUGAUGUUGUUCCUCCUGGGGUAGGGACAGAUGACGAAGAAAGUGAGGUCACCUCUCCUGUUGGGAUAGCCGAAUGGGUUUUAUCUGGUUUUUUCAACGAUGCCGUCAAAAUUGAUAGCUGUUUGGUAGGAAUCACAUUUCCCGGCGAAUGUAUGCAUGUACCUUCCGGUUGGUGGCAUGCAGUUAUUAAUUUGGACGAUUCUAUAGCCUUGACACAAAAUUUUGUUCCAUUACCUAAAUUGAGUAAUACGUUGAACUUCUUCAAAAAUAAAAAGAACCAGAUCAGUGGAUUCCGUCCAAAUCAGCUUAAAAUGACCCUAGACCAACUAUUGGAAACAUUACCGGAAGAAGACGACGAUGUACGUACUUUAAAGCACUACAAACAGCAAUACGAGUCUUUGGAUUUAGAAAACGCUUUACAGGUAGAAGACUGCGGUGAAAUCUUAUCAUCCAAGCUUCCACCAAUGCCUCUAUUCGAGCUUUUCAAACAACUAUUGAUCCUAAACGGCAAGAAACAGGAGUUGGAUACGGCUUUGAGUAAGCUUGCAAAAUUGGAGAAGUCCGAUGUCAAGCAAACCAACAAGAGCAAAAUAUGGCAAAACUUGGUGGAAAACAAAGACAAUGAACAAGACUCGAAAGAAGUAGCUCCCCAGGGCUUUUCCUUUGGUUUUGCCUUAGAUGAAAGUAGCGAUGAAGAAAUUUAG